GCUCACCAGUCGUUACCUCCGCUGCCCUGUGACCUGCAUUGUCCCCGUCCCAGCACAGUGCAUACCUCCCAGUCAUCCCCUUGUCUACAGCAGUGUGUACAGGGGAAGCCCCUGUGGUCAGGACAUUACAGGAGACACAUCGCUGCGCUCUUUCUCUCCUCUCACUCUGGUGGCAGCAGCAGCAGGACGUCCGGUGCAGCGGCGGCUCCUCGCGUGGAUCCCUUGAGGUGCAGCAGACCAGCGUUGGGGUACAGCAGAUACCAUGAGUUCAAGAGAAAGUGCCCGCCAGUCCACUUCUGCCGAGCAUCCUGCAUCCCCUUCAUCAGAAUCACCGAAGAGGGCACGGGGGAGACCUCGGAAACCGCAAAAAGAGCCAGCAGCUGGAGAACCCUCUCCUAAAAGACCCAGAGGAAGACCUAAGGGGAGCAAAAACAAAGGUCCUUCAAAAUCCGCACAAAAGAAAGAAGAGGGCAGCGGUGAGAAGCGUCCACGGGGGCGUCCAAGAAAAUGGCCGCAACAGGAAAAAAAGUCUGGUCAGGGAGAAACAGAAGAGGCCUCCUCACAUGAAUCUGAAGAGGAUUAGACAGCAACCCACAUUAAUUUCUACCUCAAAAAGCAGUUAGGUUUCUAAGGUUCAGAAUCAGUCCCUUCAGUUUAUCUGGAUCUCAGAAAUGAAGAUGCUGCCGUGACCACUUAAUUUGUACCACCACCAUCUCUCCUCUACUUGUCUAUGGGCAAGAAACAAAGCCACCCAACCUCUAUAAGAACUUUCAGUUCAUAAUCCUUUCACUGUCCCAGUUUUAGCGCUGAGAAAAAAACUGCUGUAAAACAGGGAUACAGAUAAAUGGUAAAAAAAAAAUGUAAUGCUGUUUUUUUCAUAACCUACUAAUUAGUAAUAGGUUGGACUGACAUUCUUGUAUC